GUUUUUCUUCUUUUUUGUCAUAACACUGUCCCGUAGUUCGUAGCAUCACAAAAGAGCAACAUUUUAAGGAAAAGCGCGAGACGCUGAGGCCUCGGAAAAAUACUUUUCGGCUUCCCGCCAACUCGAUCGACAGUAUUUUCUAUCCUUUGUAGCUGCAGUAGAGAGAGAGAGAGACUGAGAAAGAGAGAGAGAAAGCGAAAUGGAGUUUUGUCUCAGCGGAAACGCGCUCAGGACCUUUGGGCGGUCCAUCACUUGCCUCGCGCGUAUCGGAAACGAGCUCGCCAUGCAAGCCUCUCCUUCUCAGCUCACACUUCACACCAUUAAUUCAUCGCGCUCGGCCUAUCAAUCUAUCACAUUCAAGUCCAGCUUCUUUGAUAUGUAUACAAUUUCCGGUACACAAGUCCAAUGCAGCUUGCUCUUAAAGGCCAUUUGUUCUGUUCUUAGGACUCCUAUUCAAACUAUUAAUCAGCUCAAUGUACGGUUGCCUGAUCCUGAUUCAUCAAAAGUGCAAUGGACUUUGGAGUGCCACAGUGGGAUGAGAAAAGCCUAUUCAAUUACUUGCAAUGUUGAGCCCGACAUACAACAUUUAUCUCUUGAUAGAAGAAAAUUUCCAAGCAGCUUUGUGGUGAGGCCUCGAGAUCUCAACAGACUGCUAGCCAAUUUUCAAUCAUCACUCCAGGAGAUCACUGUCAUUGCAACAGAACCUGCUUCCAUACCUACUGAUGCUGCAAGUGAAAUUGGCGGAAAAGCUGUUGAACUAAGAAGUUAUAUAGACCCUACAAAAGAUAAUGACUCUGCACUACAUACUCAGCUGUGGAUAGAUCCUGCUGAAGAAUUUGUUCAGUAUUCUCACACAGGAGACCCUGUGGAUGUGACAUUUGGUGUGAAGGAAUUGAAGGCAUUCCUAGCUUUCUGUGAGGGCUGUGAAGUGGACAUUCAUCUAUAUUUUGAAAAAGCUGGAGAGCCUAUUUUAAUGGCGCCAAAAUUUGGUUUAGAUGAUGGAUCCAGUUCAAAUUUUGAUGCUACACUUGUACUAGCUACCAUGCUCAUAUCACAGCUCCGUGAAGGCAAUUCCUCAGAACCUCCACAAGGGGCUACCACUACACAUGUUCAGGCUGUGUGUGGGACUGGGUCGCAGCCACAAGCAAGGUGUAGAGCAAAUGCUUCUGAGCAUCCUUCUGAUCACACCAGAAUUUGGUCUGAACUUUCAGGAAGUGCAGCAAGAAGUGGUAGUGGUACUGAUGAAAGACAGGCUCAAGGACAAAGAAACUUGAAUGCUACUGAACAGAGGGAAAUACAAAGGAUUAGCAUGAUGCAAAUAUCAAAAGAUGCAUCUGCUCAAGUAAAUGAGCCUGCAGGUCCAAGGUGCCAUCCUAUGGAAGAGCAUCAAAAGGAAGCCCAAGAUGGGCCAGAAAUUGAUGGUCAUGGUUUUUCACAACGACAUCCAAGCAACUGGGUAGACGCAGCUGAGGACGAUGACGACGAUGGAGAUGAAAAUGAAUUGUGUGUUCAGUCAACACCUCCAUAUUAUGAAGAACACUAGCACCACGUGAUUUCUGUCUCAAUGAUAGGCUAUGAAUUUUCAAGUUCCCUACAACUGGGACUAUUUUUCCCCUUUAAAUUUGUGAAUAUCCCUUCACAUUGGUGGCUAUAUCUACGAGGUCAACUUCAGCGUGACAAAAUUCCAAGGCAAUUGAGUUGUUGGCCAAAUUGGGAAAUUGAGGGUAUUUAUAUCAAUCAGGAACAUGGUUUUUUAUUUUUGAUCUGCAUAACAAUGCAUUGCAUGUAACAUGGCUUUCUUUACUCUGCAAUUUAACCUUGUGAUUAAUUAAAAGUAAAAUGUGAAUUGUAACAAAAAUUAAUACUAAAAUGGGAAAAUGAUGAGCAGAAGAAUCUUGAGGAAAUUAUUUUUUCAGAAUUUUUUAAUAAGAUUUCGUAGAAAAGAUUUAUUAAUAGAGACAGCUGUCUUUGGUAGGCCGGGUUCCGGGACGCGCAAGCACCGUCUGGGUGAUCUGUAAUGGGUCCCAUGGGUUAAACGGCUAUUUAAGUGUUCUUAACGUCGGCGUCAAUUCCUCUCUUUGUUUAACGCCGUUACCUUUGUGCAGAUAUGUUUGGUGUGUUUUUUGUUUGGGGUGUUUUUAGGGAGGGGGUAAUAGAGUUAUAGCCGCUGUGAUUUCAAACGCUGUCACGCGGCAAGCAAAGUGUGUUCUCCGUACCUUAUUGUUUUUCAGGGAUCAUAUCUUUCAUUCUUUCCUCGUUUUCAUCUUCUCCACCGUCACCAAAAGCCGCUGCUUUUUGCUUAGCCACUAAUUUCUCAUAAAAUGCAUAAUGGAAGAUUGGCUUGGGUGACGUCUAAAAUUUACGUAUAUCAUGAAAUGUGCAUUGUAAAAUGAGCAAAUGGUUUUUCACAAUAAAACCUGAAAAAUGAAACAUUUUAAAUUUAUUAAAAGCACAAAUUAAUGUAGGAUUAACAUUUAACCAACGUUAGCUUAAUAUUUUAUAUAAAGUUGCAUAUAUAGACUUUGGGUGUUUAUUAUAGUUUCUCUUUUGAGAGGAGAUAGACAUUGAGAACCAGAAAUGAUUAUGUAUUGUGAAAAGAAAGAAUUAAUUAACGGUAGUGGUCAUUGGGUGACGGUAACGGUUGCUAAGAAAGUAGGACUGCAAUACGUGCAAUGCAAAAACCCUAGAUAUCAUUCUUCCCCUCUUUGUUUAUAUUUCAAACAUAAAAUAUUUCAUUUGUAAAAAAAAAAAAAAACAUAAAAUAUUGUAAAAAUAAAUAUUUCUCUCUCUUCCUCUGCUUACCUAACAAAUGAAAGAGAGAGAGAGAGGCGGAAAAGGACAAAGCGGUCAACCAGCGAAUACGUAUGUGUUAUUAAUUGUGGGAUAUGGACUUUGUUAAAUCUAUCCAUCCAUGUUUUCCCCUCUUAUUCACCAAGUUGGACACUUCUCUUUACUACUGUUAGGCUUUUGUCUUGUGGAGCCCUGUUUCUGUUUCUGUUUCUGUUUCUGUUUCUGUUUCUAUCCGUAAAUCAUUUUGCAAAAUUAGUUCUAAUUAACUUCAUUUCCAUGUAUGUGAUUAGAAUUGACCUUGUAGUGGUAGCCCAUUAGGAUUAUUUGUACAAUGAUAUUGACUUGUGCAAUUAAAUAAUUUUCCAAUAUCAUUAUUCUUCGCGUGUUAACGACUUUCAUAUCAGUUGAAAAUCCUCCUCUACCAAUCAAACAUUUUAUUCAUUCAUUAUUAUAUUUAAAUUUUUUAAAUGCUCUAUAUUUUUAUUUUAAUAUGAACUAAGAAAAUAUAUUGAUAAUACUUUAUUAUUAAACUAAUUUUUUCCAAUGAAAUGAGUUGGUUUGUUGAUGAAAAGUCAGAUUCUAGAAUGAUUAACAACUUUAUUUUUUUUGGUUCUUAAUUUCUUAUGUAAAAAAUCUGCCAAAUUAAUAAUACAUACCUAAUCCGUGUAUUGAGUAGUUCCCACGUAUUCAACGAAUGGCAUUUUGGUAAAUAAGGCCUAAUUCAAAGUCAAUAAUUGAUGGUUGUCUUCUUAUAAGUCUCCAACCAGCCCUUAGCUGUUGUCUCAAGUUCAAUAGCAGAAUAAAGAGACAAGCUGUGCCAUUUCCCACUCAACAAACGCAAGAGAGAAAAAGGAAAGAAAACCCUCAUUUCAAGAAAUCAAGCACACAAAGAAACAGAUCUUCUUUACAGUUUCUUGCCAAACAAUGGCCAACUUGUUAACUUCUUCUUUCAUGAUUUGUGCUGCCUUGUUCAUCUUGAUCUCGAUGAACGCAUCGACCACCGUUCACGGAGGUGGGGACCACCAGCACCAACUGGGAUGGAUACCCAUCAGAUCAUCCUGCAAAGGGUCUAUAGCAGAGUGUUUGGCCAGUAAUGGGGAGGAGUUUGAAUUGGACUCAGAGAUCAGCAGGCGCAUUUUAGCAACAAGUAGCUACAUCAGCUAUGGUGCACUGCAGAGAAACACUGUGCCUUGCUCUAGGAGAGGAGCGUCCUACUACAAUUGCCAGCCUGGGGCUCAGGCCAACCCCUACAGCCGUGGCUGCAGCGCCAUUACAAGGUGCAGGAGUUGAUUUUUAUUUCCCUUUUUUUUUUUUUGCCCAUUUUAUUUCAAAGGACGGAGGUUGGGUUUCUGAAGGGAAGGAGAGGCUGAUGAUGUUUGUUAUUUUGUGUUAUUGAUGAAAAUAUCGUUGCUAUAAUUAAUCUGAAUUUCUCUGUAAAAGAUUAUUGUUAUUA